AUGCCCGUCGAAUUCAUCAGCGCGAAACGCUAUGCGCGAGCCCUAGAUGACUACGAAUUCAACUACACCCUCGUCCCAUACGACUCCUCAUACUUUGAUCCGUGGACCGUAGGCGCGACCAUCGCAGCUCACACCAAGAAGCUCAAAGUCAUCAUCGCCCUCCGACCAAACACCUUGUACCCAACUGUCGCAGCCAAAGCUCUCACCACUCUCGAUCAACUAAGCAAAGGCCGUGCAGUGGUACACUUCAUCGCAGGCGGCAGCGACGUAGAACAAGCGCGAGAGGGCGAUUUUCUCACCAAGGAACAGCGAUAUGAAAGAUUAGAAGAGUACAUCAAGAUCCUACGGCGCGCCUGGAAGACCCCCGAGGCCUUCGACUGGGAAGGGAAGUACUACCAAUUCAAAGACUUCCGCCUACCCGUGCGCCCCGUCAACGGCCACACCAUUCCCGUUUCUGUAGGAGGCUCCUCCAAAGACGCGUACCGCAUCGGCGGCAGCCUAGCCGAUAUCUUCGGACUCUGGGGCGAACCACUCAAAGAAACCAAAGAGCAGGUCGACGCCAUCUAUGCAGAAGCCGAGAAAGCGGGCCGCACGGAUCGACCAAGGAUAUGGGUUACUUUCCGUCCGAUCACUGCGGAGACCGAGGAGCUUGCAUGGGCCAAGGCACACCGCACCCUUGAGGCUUUGGAGAGCAAUAAAGCGGCCGGUCUUUCUAGAGUCCCGGUUAGAGAUCCCAACGCCACAGCGCCACAGAAUGUGGGGUCGCAGAGGCUGCUGGAGAUUGCAUCGCGCGGGGAGGUGCAAGAUCGCGCGUUAUGGUAUCCGACUGUUACGGCGACGGGAGCGCGGGGGGCUUCAACGGCGUUGGUUGGCAGCUCGCAGACCAUUGUCGAGUCGAUUUUGGAUUACGUUGAUUUGGGGGCUGAGCUCAUUUCGAUUCGUGGGUACGACAACUUGAACGAUGCGAUUGAUUACGGUCGAUAUAUUUUGCCGGGUGUUAGAGCGGAACUGAAGGAUAGGCAGAGUAGCAAGACGAACGGACACAGCUCUUAG